AUGACUAACCAAACUUCUCCUGCUGGUUCUCCUCGCCGUGGCGAUCGCUCUUCUUCUACUCUUGGAUCUUAUCCUUCUCAUGCAUUGGUCGAAGAACCUGCGCCGUUGACAGCUGCGCAAGUCGCAUCCACUUACUUUGCCCAAGAACUGGCUCUACACGAAUCUGAGUUUACGACUGCGCAGGUCGCAGUAAUCCUCCACGAUGCCUGCUACGGACACAGAUUUUCAAGGCCAAAGACUUCCAAGGGUAUGCUGAGCAUGAUUGUUGAGAGGCCAGAGCGCGUGCUGGCCGCUGUGCUUGGUCUUUCAGCCGCCUACGUUCGUCUUGGAUCGAGGCAUUCAGGUGGACAACAUGCCCCUCAUCCGGACAAGCAACCAAAUUCUCGCAUCCCGUUCAAGAUCAGGAAAACUUCUCGCGCAGUGCCGUUGACUUCGCCAUUUGUUUCUGCUGUACAUGGAACUGAGUGGAUGAAGGAGCUUGAGACCAUGUGCAACGUCGCUGGAGAGAAACUGGAGCUGCACAUGAAGGAACUGGCCAGACCGCAGGCUCCAGGCUCGACAGCAGAGAAGCAGCCUUUCCACGAGGGCGAUCUGUAUCUCUGCUCGGAAUCACUGAACGCGCUGCAGGGUGCUAUUGGUGGUGUCUGCGACGCUGUCGACACAAUCUUCUCCAGCAUCCCGACUUCUCCGAAACGUGCCUUUGUGGCCAUCCGACCACCCGGUCAUCACUGCUCUUCCGAUUUUCCUUCUGGCUUUUGUUGGAUCAACAAUGUGCACAUUGGUAUUGAAUAUGCUGCGCAGACCUAUGGCCUUACACACGCCGUGAUCUUGGACAUCGACUUACAUCACGGUGAUGGAUCACAGGAUAUCACUUGGGAGAGGAACGCAAAGAGCGCCAGAAUGCCCAAGAAUGCUUCUUUCACAAAGAAGACCGCGAUUGGAUACUACAGUAUGCACGACAUCAACUCAUAUCCUUGUGAAGAUGGAGACAAGGAGAAAGUCACCAAUGCCAGUCUUUGCAUCGACAACAUUCACAAUCAAUCAAUUUGGAAUGUCCAUCUAGAAGCUUGGAAGUCUAUGGACGAAUUUUGGGCUCUGUACGAAACGAAGUACUUGAUUCUGCUGGAGAAAGCUCGGACGUUCUUGAAGAGACAUACACAGACGAUCAAAGAUUCACACAAGCAGGCUCCGCCUAGAGCGGCGAUCUUCAUUUCUGCUGGUUUUGAUGCAAGUCAGUGGGAAGGUGCUGGUAUGCAGAGACAUGCAGUCAAUGUGCCUACUGAGUUCUAUGCUCGUUUUGCAAAAGACGUCGUCAAACUAGCUCAAGAAGAAGGCACUGGCGUCAAUGGUCGUGUCAUUUCUGUGCUCGAGGGAGGUUACAGCGACAGAGCCCUCUGCAGUGGUGUUCUCAGUCAUAUCUCAGGACUCUGUCAAGACCCAAGCUCGACAGAUACCAACGAAUCGCAAGCAUCUCAUGCCGAUGAUGACAUCGCAAGCGCAAUGCAGAGUAUGAACAUCUCCAAUGGUUCCCCGAACGGUACACCCGGAUAUGACUCGAGUUGGUGGGAUGUCAAAAACCUGCAAGCUUUAGAGACCCAUGUCACACCACCUCCACCACCAGCCCCUACCAGAACCCAACGCACUGCUAUGCCAACAUAUGCCACGCCCACUCAGUCGUUUACAGGAAAGGUGGUCGACCCACUCAAGUUCCAAAGAUCGAUAUCAGGCACAAUGCGUCCAAUGUCACCUAGACCUGCUGGACCAAAAGAACCACCUGAAGUCAAUUGGAUUGUUGCUGUGCAUGAAUUAAGCAAACUCAUCAUUCCUUCGGAUCGUCAGACAAGAAGCCAUGCGCCAGAAGACCUGGCGCCAGUAAGAGUCAAGAAGGAUAGACUCUCUGCUCCGGUGGCUAUAUCGGCAGAGCCAGUUGCAGGUGGAAGACAGUUGCGAACCAGAAAACCA